CUGGAGGAGGACAGAGCGGACCUGGACGCUGCUUCGUCCAACUCAUGGGUUCUCGUCUUUGAAUUGUUCCUGCUGGACUGAAGGAGAAAAAGAUGGAGAACAACACCACCGUUUUCCAGGACGUCGCUCGACUUGUGAAUCUGACUGCGAUGCCUCUGAACUCUGUCGAAGAACAAGUGAUAACCAUCAUGUUGACGACGUUCAUUUGUGGCGUCGGGAUCGCGGGGAACGUCAUGGUCGUGCUCGUCGUCCUGCGCACCAAACACAUGGUGACGCCAACAAACUGCUACCUGGUCAGCUUGGCCGUCGCUGACCUCAUCGUGCUCCUGGCUGCAGGCUUGCCCAACAUCUCCGAUGUGGUGGCUUUCUGGAUUUAUGGCUACACAGGGUGCCUGUGCAUAACGUAUCUUCAGUAUCUGGGGAUCAACGUGUCCUCGUGCUCCAUCACGGCGUUCACCAUUGAACGCUACAUUGCAAUCUGUCACUCCAUACAGGCCCAGUUCUUAUGCACGGUCUCCAGAGCCAAAAGGAUCAUAGCUGCAAUCUGGAUCUUCACUUCCCUCUACUGCACCAUGUGGUUCUUUUUGGCAGACACUAAAGAAACCGUUUACACCAACGGGGUGGUGGUUACCUGCGCCUACCGCGUGUCCAGGAGCUUCUACAUGCCCAUCUACUUCCUGGACUUCACUCUUUUCUAUGUGGUCCCUCUAAUUGUGGCCACUGUGCUGUACGGGCUCAUAGCAAGGAUUUUGUUCAUGAGUCCUCUGCCGUCACAUCUGAGCGACCGAGCAGGAGGAGGGUCGGUUCAUCAGGGCCACUCGCACAGCACCAACAAGCCCAACAAGGGAGCGAUUACUGCAAGAAAGCAGAUAACGAAGAUGCUGGCUGUGGUGGUGAUCCUCUUCGCGUUGCUGUGGAUGCCUUACAGAACGCUGGUGGUGGUCAACUCCUUCAUCGACCCUCCGUACCACGACACCUGGUUCCUCCUCUUCUGCCGAAUGUGCAUCUAUACCAACAGCGCCAUCAACCCCGUCGUCUACAACCUCAUGUCUCAGAAGUUUCGCGUGGCGUUUAAAAAGCUGUGCAGGUGCAGCCGCCACGGCAGGGAGGCCGAGUACAACGUGCCGAUUUAUUACAGCGUGAUGAAGAGUUCUUCCCAUGGGAGCAACGAACCGGUCACAGAGCAGGAGGAGCUCAGCCGUCAAACGUGCAGCAGGUUCAACGUAACGGAGGAUGACGCCAGCGCGCUCAGUGCAUAAAACGCUGCUCAUACUCCCUGUUUAUGUUUAGGUUUCCGGUAAAAAGAUGUGUGGAUAUUCUUGGUGAACUCUGUGUGGAUUUGUGUACUUUGCAUUUCUCAGCAGUGUAUUUAUUUUAAUAUCCCUGUUUAUACUGUAAAUA